CACUGACUACUGAAGAGUGUUCGCCGAGCGAGAUUUGUCAAGCUGUUAAACAAACAGCUGAUUUUACGUAACUACAAAUGUGAUUUUCGCUAUUUUCGUUCGAGGUGAUCUCUCUCGAUAUUGAACGAUUCGCGCGGGAGUGUUGUUAGAGUUCGUAAACCCGAUUAAAAUGUGAUAAAACGUGACCACCGGUUUUGUUACGGUCCUUCUAACCUUAAACUGUAAAGUGUGUGUAUCACGAUUCUUGCGAAAGUUCUGUGGGUAAAUGUAGCGCAGUGAGACAGUGAUUCCGGCUUCGGUGCUUCGAACACGUUGUCGUAACGUGUUCCCGCGAAAAUAUCGACACCAUAUGUUCACAAACAUAUAAUAAUACACGUACACACUUUUCUAUUGCGUACGUUACGAUUUGAGAAUAUAAAUAAACCGUAACGUUCGCGAGCCGCACGCAACCUUCAAUUUUAAUGCAUAUUAUGAAUAUAGAAACAUCGCGUUAUAAGCGGGAUACUGUCGAUUACAACGUGCUGGAAUCUCGAAGUCGUUUAUUGGAAGGAGAUCAGCUGUUAUUCCGCUUUUAUUUGCGUCAUUUAAGUUUCUCCCAUAAUCUCCCAUGAUUCAAGUUUCGUUGCUUUGGAAAAACGUUCACAAACGAAUUGAGAAUGUUUCGAGUUUUUUUCUACCGCGAUUUUGAGGAUUGAAAAUAUUUAUUGAGCUUACAACGACAAGCGACUAUAAAUUGAUUCUCUCGGUAUAGAUGGAUGUGCUGAUAAAUAUAUACGCAUGUGGGACACUCAAAUGUUUAGUUUGAUUUGGUCGUGACUCACAAUCACUCAUGAAUAAAUGACUAAAGAAAAAUAAGUGGCUCGCACGCGUAAAAGAUCUCAUAGUUGGACAACACAGUUGAAAUGUUGUGAAUUCGACUCGAUCUAUUACGAAAUUUCGAGAUGUGUCGAUUGCGAAAUAUCCUCUCUUUGAACUCUUUGAAUUUUUGUAGCUCGACUAUCUGAAACGGCGAAAAUUUUUUAUUACAAAUCGCAGUUUGACGACACUCCGUAUCUUUUUUUCGGAUUAUAAUUCUUUCCAACGAGUCGUCGCAAGUUUUAGAUCAUUCUUACGAUUCGAUAAUAUAUCGUUCGAACGACAAUCUUACGGUUACGAAGCAUACUCGUGAUUUUCGAGGCUUUUUUUAUUAAAAAGCUUCUCGAUCAUGUCCUCGGGAGGAGGACCGGUGUUUUUUGUAAAAAAACGAGAGAGGACUCAAAAUUGGGUACCCGAAGAGAAAAAUGCGCUGCUAGCUCUUAUUGCCAAACACAUCGAUACCCUCGAGAAUAAGCGACUCGACACAGCAGUCACGACCAUGAAAAAUCUUGCUUGGGAAAAAAUAUACAGGGACUUCCGACGUAAAUUCACUGCGGAGCGUGACAUCACGAAAAUCAAAGCACAAUGGUCGAGAAUGAAGUCGCAAGCCAGACUCGAGAUGUACACGUUCGCUGCUAAAGUAAAAGUUCUUGGAUCUGACGAGGCGGCGAAACACGCGCCUUCGAGUUUGUCCAUAUCGGUUUGGCGAUUGCUACAAAAUUUACGAAAAAAUGAUUACGACGGUGAGCGCUCGGACGAGAGUAGUCAAGACGCCGAUGUCGCGAACGACGUUGACGCCAUUUUGGACAAAUUACCGGCAUCCUAUCGGCCGGAAAUAACUAAUUUCCCGGAAAUCAAGACUGAGCGACUCAGCAACGACGAUUUUGGGGAAGAAAUUGUAACGGGAAACCACGUUAACAAUGUCCAAUACACGGAUGAAGUUUCGAGUAGAAAGAGAGCUUCGGGCUUGGUUGAUUACGAAGACGUCAUCGAUCAUUCCGGACGGAAACAAAGUCGAGUGACUUACGAAAACCGCAAUUUCGAGCACCCCGGUCACGAGGACGAGGAUCGGGAAAAAAACGCCGUAGAAUGUUCUUUGUCACCCGAAGAUAUUUCUCAUAUGGAGAUGCCGGUGCAGCACGCGACGUGGAUGUUCGAAGCGGCGCAAAGGGAGCACAAAUUGAAAAUUCGAAUGUUAGAGGUCGAGCUGGAGCGAGCGGAAUUGGACAAACAAAAAGCGAUAAAUGAGCUGAAAACCUCGGAAAUUAAGAGAAAAUUGGUGGAGGACGAAGCGGCUGAACGGGCGAGUCAAGUAAGAAUGAGCGGAGAGGCAGGCUCGGGUGCUGGCAGAGGCGGUGGUGGCGGCGGAAGUAUUCGUAGUGCAGGAGGCUCUUUUGGAAAAAUGGAAGCUGCUCAUGAAGAUCAAUAUUUUUACAACCAGCAAAAAGAACAAUUGCAAAAAUUGCGCGAAGGACUUCACGACGAGAUAUCCUUUCACGAGGAACAAAUAAAGCGUCAUCAGGAGGCAAUCACCCGCCACAAGGAGAGAAUCGACAAAAUGGAAAAGUAGACGGAACCAAAGAUCCAUCAAUAAAAAUAAGCUCUGCCGCAUACCAACGUUCUUCAUUUUCGUUGAAACAACGAAAUGCGAUUGAACAAGAACGUACUUGAAAUUUGUUGCUCUCAGCGAGCAAUCUACAGCAAAGCCUACCUUUUUUUAAAACUAUUUUUCAUUAUUUUUCCGUCUUUUCCAUACCGAAAUGUUUAUUACACUAUGUAGAAAUAAAAUAAUGUGCUUUUAUGAGUUAAAAA